UCCACAUCUAUCACACCUAUCCCCGCUCGAGCUUGCACGCCGCCGCCAUGACCUCAUAUCGAGACGCCGUCGUCGCAUUCAUCCGCCGAUGGUACUUUUCGCUGCCGCUGGCCACCUCCGUCCUCGCCCUCGUCGUCUGCAUCCUGCAUGUCCUGGCCAUGGUCCUGCCGCUCGACCCGCCGCUGUUCGAGCUAGUGUGUCUCAGCCCGCAAAAGUGGCUGCUGCACUCAGAGUCCUUCACAGACGGUCUCAUCAACUCCUACAGGCUGUUCACCUACAGCUUCUUCCACUCCGGAAUCCUGCCGCUGCUGAUGAACCUUGUUGGGUUCAUCCCGCUUGGAAGCCUGUUUGAGCGGCAGGUCGGCACCGUUCAGUUUGUGCAUCUAUCCGUCGUCAUGGCGGCCGUCAAUGGCGUGUGCUAUACGUUGUUGAUGGUGCCCUUCAUGCUCAUUGUGCCCAAGUGGUCCGAGGCAUGCUUCUCGGGACUGUCGAGCCUGGUGAUGAUCUAUAUCUCUCUCGAGGCCAACCGCAAGUCGGGCGUCUUUCAGACUCGGAGAUGGUUUGGUGUUCCCGUCCCUGGUGCCAUCUAUCCCUGGUUCCUCCUCAUCGCCACCCAGAUCAUCUUCCCGCAGUCUGCCUUCUUUGGCAAUCUCUCUGGAAUCCUCGUUGGAAUCAUAUAUUCGCUGGGAUAUCUGAAUCCUCUGCACUUCCCGUUCUGGGUUAUCACUUGGAUCGAGUCUCUGUGGAUCAUGUCGCCUCUGUGCUCCCUGGAGUCCUACGUCCAGCUCCCCGGCAAGAUCGUCCUGCCCACCUUCUACGACGAUCUCGACGACCUUGACGAACUGGCCGCCGAGCCUGCUGCCCAGCCGUCGUGGCUCCAGCGUGCUCGAACCGGAUUCGGGCUGUGGCCCAACCAGCCCCGCUACCAGUCCCUCGGAUGAAGGCCGUGAUGCCGGCGUUAUGGCCAUGCUGGCCCAGCUGGCUUGGCUUGGGACGCUGGCUGGCUCGCAACGCCAUCCACACACCCACCCUCUGGUUAUUGUCGCAGCCGCCCCCCGGCGACCACCUCGUUGUGAUAGUCUCGCCACACAUGGCCUUGUCGAUUGCCAAAUACCACCUCUUGUCCUGCA